AUGGGUCAGGACAACUCCGUUAUCAGUGAUGACACGCCUGCCGUCACGCUGGCCGAGCGCAGCCUGGCCGCCGUCGCCGAUCACAUCAAAUCCGGCAAGGCCCGCCGCAUUGUUGUCAUGACGGGCGCCGGUAUCUCUACGGCUGCGGGAAUCCCUGAUUUCCGGUCGCCCGAGACGGGCCUGUACGCCAACCUCGCGGCUCUCAAUCUGCCCGAGCCCGAGGCCGUGUUUGACCUAGACUUCUUCAAAAAGAACCCCAAGCCCUUCUACGUGCUGGCCAAGGACCUGUAUCCGGGAACUUUCCACCCCACCGUCUCGCACGUCUUCAUCAGCCUGCUCGCGUCCAAGGGGCUUCUGGCGCAGCUCUUCACGCAGAACAUCGACUGCCUCGAGCGCACCGCCGGCAUCCCCGGCGAGCUCAUCGUCGAGGCCCACGGCAGCUUCGCCAGCCAGCGUUGCAUCGACUGCAAGACUCCAUUCCCUGACGACAAGAUGCGCGAGCACGUGGCCCGCGCCGAGGUGCCGCGCUGCAUCCGCAGCGAGGCUAACGGCGACGGCCGCUGCGACGGCCUGGUCAAGCCCGACAUUGUGUUUUUCCACGAGGCCCUGCCCUCGCUCUUUUACGAGCGCAGGAACCUGGCCGAGACGGCCGACUUGGCCCUGGUCCUAGGCACGAGCCUCUCGGUCCACCCUUUUGCCGGGCUGCCCGACAUGGUGCCCGAGCCCGUGCCGCGGGUGCUGUUCAACAUGGAGCGCGUGGGCUCUCUGGGCACCCAUGCCGACGACGUGUUAGUUCUGGGCGACUGCGACACCGGCGUGCGGAAGCUGGCCGACGCGCUGGGUUGGCGCGACGAACUGGAAGCCAAGUGGCGUGAACUGGUGGGAGAGGAGGAAGCCGAGCGGCAGUUGCAGGGUAUGACGAAACGUGUACAAAAUGAGGUGGCCCAACUGGCUAGCCAAGUUGACCAGGUACUGCACUUGGAGGACAAGGACGAUGAUGCUGAUGAUGAGGUGAACAGUGGUAUCCGAGACCCAGGACAAAGCAACGAGGAAGGCCCAGGAACUGGGCGAGAAGGAAAUUUCCAGGCAACUGAAGGAGCUGGAUCAGCUCGAGUUGGAGAUGAAGAGAGUCCAUUCGAGGAGCAUAAUAUUCGAGGCGAGGCGAGGCGCAUGGUCAGUAAUGGACUUGGCUUAGAAGCGGACACAGCAGGACCUGGCGGAGAUGGCUGGGCAAAGCCUGGCAGCGAAAGCCAGAGACAGACAAAUGGCCCAUGA